AUGUUUACAUCAAGUCAGCAAAAUAAAGAUUUAUGUGAACUCAAAAGUAACACAUGCAAUAGUAUCUCUCGCGAGAAUAACAAUAAUACAGAUAACAUUGUUAAUCUGUUUAACAAUAGUGUUACUUUUAAAACUGCUUUAAAAAACCACAAAAACAAUGGUGACGAAAAAAUUAGGAUUAACAGCAUAUUUAGUUUCGUUUGUGAUGAUGAAAAUCUGAAUUCUGUGUCUAGGACUCUACCAAGACUUGAGAAUGUACAGAAUGUUGAAGAACAUUAUUGUGGAGUGUUAGAUAGUAAGUGUAAAUUCUGUGGAGCAUUACACUUUCCUGAUGAAGCUAAUAGAGAGGGUCUCUUUAAAAGUUGUUGUCAUUUUGGCAAAGUAAAGCUGCAAAGGACCAAGAAGUAUCCAGAAAUGCUGCAGAGUCUUAUGGCUGGGGAGAAUGAUCUUAGCAAGAACUUUAAGACUAUCAGAUCAUACAAUUCAACAUUAUCUUUUGCUUCAAUGGGAGCAGAUACUGAGACAAUAAGCAAUGGUCCAUAUUGCUUUAAAAUCCAUGGACAAAAGUACUCACAACUCUACGUCUUAGACACAGAAAUAGCAACAGACAUUAGGUUACAAAAUGGAUCUAAUUUCAAGUGUGAUAGGACAUUAAUGAAAGACUUAGAUGUUCUUUUAGGAGAAGUAAAUCCCUAUUCAAAUUCAUUUAAGAAUAUGGGAGAGGUAAUCAAUGAACAAGUUAGUGCUGGCAAUGAAGUUAAAGAUUUAGGAUUGUUCUUUAGAAAGAAUUUAUUAAGAGACCAAAGAAGAUACAACAAUCCUAGAGCAAAUGAAAUUGCCAUAGUGUUUACUGAUUCAAAUGGUGAACCUCCAUUUGAACGUGAUAUUAAGGUAUACAAUAGAAGUGAUGCAUAUAAUUAUACACGUUUGAAUAUUCUAAGUCCACAUCUGGAUCCCAUGACAUAUGCUAUCUUCUUUCCACAUGGAGAGUCAGGAUGGGAGCCGAAUCUAGCUCUUAGAUCAUAUACCGGUGAAUUCAACACGAUAUCUCUUCUUCAAUACAAGAUAGCUCAACUCAAAAUAAAAAGCGGUGUUUUUAAUCCAUUAUUACAUGGAGGAAAAUUACUUCAACAGGGGGCUGUUGACUCUUAUUUGCAAGUUGAGGCAAACAAUCUUAACUUCAUUAAGUUGAACCAAAAAAAGCUAAGAGUAGAUUAUUAUAAAGGAUUGGUUGACUAUGUCAAUAAUAAUUCAACAGACACAUCAAGACCCAUAUUACUUCCAUCUACAUUCCAAGGAUCUCCUAGGAAUAUGAGGGAAAGAUAUCACGAUGCCAUGGCUAUUGUGACUAAAUAUGGGAAACCAGAUCUAUUUAUUACUAUGACUUGCAAUCCAAAUUGGAAAGAGAUAAAGGAGAACUUAUUUAAGGGACAAACUCCUUUUGAUAGACCAGAUUUGGUAGCUAAAGUUUUCCAUCUCAAGUUGAAAGUAGUCAUGGAUGAUAUUCUAUCUGGCAAAGUAUUUGGAGAGGUGGUAGCUCAUAUAUAUUCUAUAGAGUUCCAAAAACGUGGACUACCUUAUGCUCACAUUUUAGUUAUCCUAAAGAGUAAAAUUAACAGCAUUAAGCAGAUAGGUAACUUUGUUUCAGCAGAAAUUCCAGAUAAAACAGAUUAG